AUGGUUAUUUGCGAAGAAAAUUAUCACAGGAUUGGUUCAUUGCUGCCAAUGGAUGGGAAGAAACCAAAAUAUGCCCAGUUAUAUGUAUUUGAACCUGAAAAUGAGUUGAGUAACAGAUUAGCCAAUUUUACAUCUCGAGAAACAUUGCUUCUUCCUGAGCUGUUGACCUCAUUGAUGAGGAUGCUUGAGGAGAAUUCGACAAGAACUGCAGCAAUCAUCCACUCUGAAUCUUCAACUUAG